AUGGCGUCGGCAGUGUCGUCCGAGCGGCUCGACCAGCCAGCUGAGGUUGCGAGCAAGGUCCUGAGGAGAGCUCAGGUGUCGAAGAUGACUCGGGCACUGCAGAACCGCCUGGCGCUUGCCAACGUCAAGGUCAAGCACGGCUGGGAGAACCUCAACAUUGACGCCAUUGAGCCUCGGAUUGACGUGGAGCUGAAGCGUAAGCGCCCGUCAUCGAGCAACACGACUCUUUCCGAUACCUCGUCCAGCACCUCGGACCGUUUCCACCAUCUCGCUGCCUUCGACUCGUCGCCGCUCGCGGCCCCCAUAUUCUCCGACGAUGUCGGGAGGUCCGGAGGUGGAUACGGGUCAGCAAAGAGAAUGAGGUACCAGCCCGACUUUUACAGGCGGCCCGUCUCCAGCAACCAUUCUCGCACAAGGGUCAGGCCUUCGAGUGCUAGGACUUGGAAGAGCUCGUACCGGCUGCCGGAGUCGUCCCCUGCCUAUCGCAAGAGUAGGAACUUCUCGCUUCCCCAGGUGCCAAGCCUCUCGUUCGUCUCGGAGGGUUCCACCGUGGCCGACGAGCCUCUCUCGCCAUUGCUGUCCGAAGACGACGAUGCAGACCUUCCUGUGUCUUCCUUUCAGGUCAAUGCCUCCCACAUGCGUUCCUCGCCUCCGCCUCUGCAAAGUCCAAGCACGCCCCCUCCUGGCAUGUCCCGCUCAGGCCGCCUACGCAACGAUACCUUCACGGCUACACCUCGGAACAACCACAAUGGGGAGGAAGAUGCGAACUUGCUCAUGUACCUGGCAACGUCCCCGUCUCCGGCCAACCCUGCUACCAACAAGACUCGCAUCAUGGCUCCUUCGACGCCGCCGCAGAGGACCACACCCCUCCCGUCCUCCAUGAUGUCGACGCCCGGCGGCGGUGCUCCCUUCUCCGGCUUCGGCUUGCACACCCCCGGCAACAACCUGAACUUUGCCGACUUCCUCAACAUGACGCCAAGUCCUGCCCAGAUCUCGAGUAGCUGGAACCGUACACCUGUGGCUGCUGGGAAGACGCCUCUGACGGCCCGCGAUGCGCGCAGGCGUCUGAACUUUGACACUCUUCUCCCCCCGACGAGCCACAGCCCCACGGUCGGCUCUCUUGAGCGCUCGAGGAUCAGCAAGAUGGAGACGGGCCUUGGCAUGGAUCUCGGCGGGGAGCUGGUCUCCUAG